UAAAUAAAGAACACAUUUUUUUGGGGGGGGGUUGUUGGCUAAUUAGUCCAUUAAAAAAAACGAAAUUCUUGUUAUACACAAAGGAAGUUUAACUCCCUGUAGACCAAAUUCGCUGUAAUCUCGAUUAACACAUUGCUACAUCCACCAGCAUUCAAUGUGAACUACCCUGUCUUCAUCUCCGCGAGGUUUGGGAUGAUUUUAGAAAUAUUGGGCUAUUGGAACACACUACAGCGCACUCCUUUGGGAUGCUCAGUAUCAACAAGAUGCUGAACUGGCAUCACACAGUCUGAAUGGCUUGCUUUAUUUUUUAUUUAUUUCAAGUGACUUUAGAGUCGCUUUAAAUUGUCUUUGGUGCAGCUAGUUGUUUAUAUGGGCUGAUUCAACGGACAGUUAAGUAGAGUGGGAACAUCUGUGCGUAAUUUAGACCCAAUAAGUGAUUUUUAGGUUUGAUGUUAGUUAUCUGAGAGGUCCAUCGACAGUAGCUAAUUUAAACCCUUAACAAAAAGGAUCAAUUUUAAAGAAGACCAUCACAAGCUUAUUGAAAUACAGCGAUGAAAUGGGUCAAGUAUGGACAAAUAGGAAAGGAUGAAAAUGGCUAAAAAUGUGUUGAGUGCAACUAGGAAAAUAUUGUGAGUUCUGACAAGUGGACUUCUAAGAGUUCACCAGCAAAUCUGUUCUUCCUCAUAUUUUUAAUAGUUUAGCUUUGUGGAGGACAUGGCUGCCAGACAUUGCCAAGGUUCAUCAUUCUUAUUUGUACAGAAUGAUUUAAAGAUGAACCACUUAUCCCUCAGCGAGCUUUGUUGCCUGUUCUGCUGUCCACCGUGCCCCAGCAAGAUUGCCUCCAAGCUGGCCUUCCUGCCCCCAGAGCCGACCUACAGCCUCAUGUGUGAUGAGAGUGGCAGCAGAUGGACCCUUCAUCUCUCUGAGCGAGCUGACUGGCAGUACUCGGCUCGUGAGAAAGAUGCCAUUGAGUGUUUCAUGACACGUACUGCAAGAGGAAACCGCAUUGCCUGCAUGUUUGUCCGUUGUUCACCAAAUGCCCGCUACACUCUGUUAUUCUCUCACGGGAACGCGGUGGACCUGGGCCAGAUGAGCAGCUUCUACAUUGGCCUAGGCUCACGGAUCAACUGCAAUGUCUUCUCCUACGACUACUCUGGUUAUGGGGCCAGUUCUGGGAAACCCUCAGAGAAGAACCUUUAUGCAGAUGUAGAUGCUGCCUGGCAGGCACUCCGCUCACGGUAUGGCAUCCGUCCAGAGAGCGUGAUUGUGUAUGGUCAGAGCAUUGGCACCGUGCCAUCUGUGGACCUGGCUUCUCGCUAUGAGAGUGCUGCAGUCAUCCUCCACUCGCCACUCACCUCUGGCAUGAGAGUGGCUUUCCCUGAAACCAAGAAGACCUACUGCUUUGAUGCUUUUCCAAACAUUGACAAGAUUUCCAAGGUGACGUCACCUGUCCUUGUGAUCCACGGCACAGAGGAUGAGGUCAUUGACUUCUCCCAUGGCCUGGCACUGUAUGAACGCUGCCAGCGCCCUGUGGAGCCCCUCUGGGUGGAAGGGGCUGGACACAACGACGUGGAGCUCUAUGGACAGUACCUGGAAAGACUCAAACAGUUUGUUGCACAUGAGCUGGUUAACUUGUAGAGGAAGAGGAAAUAAGGGGGAGAGGGAAGACGAGAAGAGAGCAUUGGCUGUCAGGAGAGGCUGAAUAAUGGACAAGGGGUACAGCUUUCCUUUGUUUUUUAUCAUUAAGUAAUCGAGUGAGAAUUAGUGCCAUCUGUGUAGGGUUGACUUCUCAUUAUCGGGCACCUCUCCCCCUUGGCACUCCAGUUUGCACCAGGGCUGUCUGUGCUGUCCACUCCACUCCACUCCUUGCAGCUGUGAACCUAGAAAAACUUAAAACUUUGUUUUGCUUUUUAGAUAAUCUUUUGUUGAACAUUGCACAUUUUGGGUAUGAAAGUAGACAAGUGUACUGAAACAUACAAUGAGUACAUGCAGUAAUAACCAUGUGUGAAUGUUUUCUCUUUUCUUCUAUAUGUUUUGCUGCCUUUUGAGAAUAUGUCCCAUGGUCCUAAAUGACACAUUAGUCAGCUUAAAUGCCAAACAGGCGCUCUAAACCAACUUAACCCCAUUUGACAGAGGUCAGGUUUGUUCCAACACACUGCAUACAUCAUGCUUUCUUUUUUGUUUGUUUUCUUUUUUUUUUUCUUCAUUUGAUUACUGUUUUUAUGUUUUUUUAAUAUGUGAUAUUUGCACUUAUCAGUUGUCACUAAAGAACUGUACAAGACAAACUGAAAUAUUACCUAGCUGUGCCAGUGUUGCCAAAUGUUUGAUUUAAUAUAUUGCAGAGACUAACGCACACAUAAAAAGUGUACUUUUACAUAUAACACCCUGAAAAAUUCCAAAUCUCUUAGUUCUUUUAAGUCUCCAUCUUGGUUUAGUUUUAAGUGGAACAGUUAAAUGUUAAACAUGUAAGAAUAUAAUGGGUUCAGUCAGUAGCUGACUGAAAGGCUGAGUCUAUAUGUUGUCACUCAGUAAAGUGUGGGUUGAUUGGUAGCUAAUAACGCUGUCACUUUUGACACAUCCACACGGUAAUACCAGUAUCGCCGUGCUGUAAUUGAUGAGCUCAGUGUUUUAGAAAAUUCUGGGGACUUCAUUUUGGAGUGUACGGUUUUAGGAAAUGACAGGUAUUCACGUAGAUGUAGUGACAGUUACGAAGCCCACUUUUGAUGGUGGUGUUCUGCCUUUGAGUCUAAAUAUAUAAAGUAACUGUGUGUAGUAAUGAGAGAUCUUCCUUAUUUACUCAUAUCGGAUCUUUCUAGAUGUAUCUUUUUGUAUGAUUAAAAGCAAUUACUGUGACAGCAUCAAGCUGUCGAUGUUCUGAGACUUAAACCACUAAUGCCAAUCAGGAUGAGCGGCAAACAUAAUCGCUGCUUGUAUAGAUUUUAUUUUGUUUAUUUCUUUUUCCAUUAAGCAAUCUAUUUAAGACAAAUGACAGUGGGGUAUUUUAAGUUACAUUUUUUUCUUCCUUCAGCAUAUUUAUACAUAGAUAAAUUCUGCAGACAUGGUUCCUGACUCACACACUGGGACAAUGAGCUUACUGGUUCAGCAUCACAGACAAAAUGUUUUCUUUUUGUCCCAACUUUGUCUUUGUCAACAUGAUAUUUCUGAAUCCAUUGUUAUGACUAUUUGCCCUUUAAUGCUGAGGGAGGCUAAACAAAGCAGUAGCUGCUGUAUGUGCCCUGAAAAGUAAAUUUCCAUGUGCUGCUGCAUGCCAUGAACAUGGUUUUUUCCAACAAUGAAUUUCUUAAAUAUCAAUAAUAUUCCUCAUGGACAUUUUUUACACCUGUUUCAAACUCAAGCAUGUGUCUGUAUGUGGAGUCAUUUUGUGAUCACUAACCACCAAACCAAUGGGUGCUACUGUAAACCUUCAGGUCUGUUUAGUUGUGGUUGAAAGGAAGAGAGAUGGCUUGUUAGACUGGUAAGUUUUUUUUUUUUUUUUUUUUGUCAGAUACUUUUUUUUUGUUUAUUUAAAUGAUCCCAAGUCAUAAAUAGUUUUUUUUAUAAACCUUUUUAAAAUGCUUAGUAAGAAUAUUUAUAGUUUCAUUUUCUCUCACAAGCUUUUGUCAUGUUUGACUUUUUUUUUUCUUCUUUUUUUCCCUGUAACUCUUGAUUUUACAACAAGUAUACCUAGAUAGACCAUAAUAAAGACAUCCUUUUUGUACUGGCUACCAUGAGAAGUGUCAUCUCUGGUUAUAUUAUUUUGUAUAGCAGAUUUCAGUAAGAAAGAACUUGUAUGUCUUAAUCUAACAGUGAAAAUAAAAUGAUAUUUAAGAAAUGA